AUGCCGUUAGGAGAGAAGCUGGGCCGCCCCUUUGAGAUGCUGUCGCUCAUCGGCCGCAAACGCAAGGACGAGCCCGACAGCAGCCACCACCGCAUGAGCGGCGCCGACGCGCGCGCGUACGCGAACGCCACGGGCGCCGCCACCUCCGGGUACACGCACAGCCACAGCAGCCACAGCCACCACGCCAGCAGCAGUAGCAGUAGCAGCAGCUUCUACCCCGCCGUCAAGUACGAGCGCAUCACGCCGGCCGCGCAGCCGGCGCCCGUCGUGCAGUAUGAGCGCCUCACGCCCGGCUCCGCCGCCGCGCCUGCGGCGCCCUCCGUCACGCUCCCGUCGCCUCUGGACUACGAGGCCGCGGCGCGCGAGGCCGCUUUCCCCAGUCCGGACCUGGUGCCGUCCGCCGCAGUGGCCUCCAGCUCCUUCCGCUCCGCUCCGUCCCCGGCGCUAUCGUCGCUGCCGUCCCCCGGCAUGCUGACGCCGCUGACCCCCGCGGUGGGAGUCACGCCCACCCCGGUAGGACGCAGUCCGGUGGUCGACACGAUCCGUCCGUUGCGUCCGCCGCGCAGCGCCCAGGCUCAGACUCAGGCCCUACCUCAGGGGCAGAACUUACUGAGCCCGGCUCAGCCUCCCGUCGGCCCCGCGGCCGCGCCCUCCGCGCCCUUUUCGUCCGUGAUGGAGGAGUGGAUGAGCCAGCUCCGGACGCCGACGCCCGACGUGGCGCUCUUGCCGUCGCCCUACGACUUUAACAAGGACACCCCGACGCCCAUGGACACCAACAGCAUGGACAUGCGGCGGCUGCAGGACGCGCUGCUGCCCACCCCGCCGCCGGACGUCCACGACCAACGCCAACACCCCAAGAACUCGGCGUACGUGACAACACGUGGGCCUCGCCCGCUGCUCGAGGACAUCGCGUCCUUGUGCCGUGAUUUGAACUCGCAGGAUCUUUCGGCCGCUAAUAAGGGAAUGCUGCCGUCGUCUAGUGGACAGAUGGAAACCAAGUACACGACGCUGCCGGCAAGGCCGCUGCGUGCUCGGGAGGAAAGCAUCAGCAGCGCCUACUCGGACGACGGAGACAGUCAAGCCAAGGUGCUCGCGGCGGCUGCAGCUCUCAGCAGUGUGUCGUCCAUGGGAGUCGCCAGUACGCCGACGGCUGGAUCAGGAACCAAGGGCAAGCGACGGAAGAUGUGCACGGCUGAAGGCUGCCAGAACUUGUCGCGCUCGCGAGGACUGUGCAAGGCGCACGGAGGAGGCCGCCGCUGCAGUGUUGAGGGCUGCUCGCGCGCUAGCCAGAGCGGCAGUCUGUGCAUUACCCACGGAGGAGGCAAGCGCUGCACUGUCGAUGGCUGUGUGAAGGCGGCGCAGUCGCGCGGUAUGUGCAAGGCUCACGGUGGAGGUGUUCGCUGCCGUGUGGAAGGAUGCUCCAAGAGCUCGCAGGGCGACGGCUUCUGCCGCUCGCACGGCGGUGGUCGUCGCUGUGGCCACCCCAGUGGCUGCUCCAAGUGGGCGCAGCGCAACGGCAUGUGCAUGGCGCACAGCGAAGGUAAGUACGGCAACAGCUACCGUGGUCGGCAGCACCGGAUGGAGCAGCAGGAAGCCGUGGUCCAGCAGACCUGA